UUAUUCAAAGCCAAAGCAAAAAUAAACUGGAAAAAAUCAGUAAUGAAAAUUAAAAAUAAAGAUGUAAAAAUUCAAGUUCCUAUUGAAUUUAGGCAUAUUACUAGAAUUUCAAGAGUUGAAGCUAUAUUCAAAGGAAAAACAAAAGAAGAAAGCUCUGAUGAAAGUAAAAGUGAAGAUAAAUCCUCAAGUGAAUCUGAUGAAUCUAUUGAAUAUGAAAAUGAAUAA